CCGGCCCUCCACCCCAUGAGGCAGGCCCCGGCAGCGUUCGCACGCCCCCAGACCCCAGCAGCCCCGGAAUGACAUCGGGAAGCGGGAGUGCUGCCUCCACCGUUCCCAGCGCCGCGCCCCAGAACGGGGAGAACAAGCUGCCACAAGCGAUUGUGAAGCCCCAGAUCCUGACUCACCUGAUCGAGGGGUUCGUGAUCCAGGAAGGCGCCGAGCCGUUCCCGGUGGGUCGCUCCUCGCUGCUGGUGGGGAGCCUGAAGAAGUAUGCUCAGGCGGUUCUCACAGAGAAGCCUCAGCUGCAAGACACCACCACCACCGACUCCGAGAUGGAGGACCCUUACCUGCAAGAAUCCAAAGACGAGGCGUCGCCCCCGAAGUUGAAAUGCGAACUCUGCGGCCGGCUCGACUUUGCGUACAAGUUCAAGCGUUCCAAACGGUUCUGCUCGAUGGCGUGUGCAAAGAGGUAUAACGUGGGUUGCACCAAGCGAGUAGGCCUUUUCCAUCCAGACCGCAGCAAGCUUCAGAAACCGAGCACGCCUUCACACUGUCGACGCCGGCCCUGCAAGGGAGCCCUUCCAUCGCUCAGUAAAGAAAGCAAGAAACCGGCACCAGCCUCCCUGCCCCCCAGUUCUGGUCCCAUGGCGGUGCCCGGCUCGCUCCAGCUCAGCCAUGGGCAAGAGGACUCCAGCCGUUGCUCGGACAACUCCAGCUACGAGGAGCCUCUGUCCCCCAUCUCAGCCAGCUCGUCCGCCUCCCGUCGGCGCCAGGGCGAGCGAGACAUGGAGCUACCCGAUGUCCAUGUGCGGGACCUGGUGGGGAUGGAGCGCCACUUCCUGCCGAGCGAGCCCACCAAGUGGAACGUGGAGGACGUCUACGAAUUCAUCCACUCCUUGCCUGGGUGCCAGGAGAUCGCCGAGGAGUUCCGCACCCAAGAGAUUGAUGGCCAGGCGCUGCUGCUGCUGAAGGAGGACCAUCUCAUGAGCGCCAUGAACAUCAAGCUGGGCCCGGCGCUGAAGAUCUAUGCCCGCAUCUGCAUGUUGAAAGACUCCUAGGAGCUGGUGGCUGGUUCCAGGCCAAGGGUGGACGAUCAGCUUGGGGAAGGGAGGGAGAGCUCAGGUGGACUUGGCCGUUGGGCCUGCACGCCCUCCUCUCACAGGUAACUUGAGCACAAAGAGCCCCCACUGAUGGAGCCGGGGAGAAGAGGCAGACCCCCGUCUUGGCCCGAUGCCCCGAGGGCAGGGCCGUGGGGCCGUGUACAUACGAUGACGACGUAGUAAUCUGUAGCUUCCCUUUGGACGACCCCACCCGCUCCUCUCCCUGCCAAAGGAGGGGACGUGGCGGGGAGGAAGGUGGUGCCCCUCGGGCAGAGGAGGAGGGAGGGUGCCCCCGGGCUCCCCUACGGCCCCCACCACCCCCCUACCCCCCUUGCGUUGGACAAAGACUCUCGGGAACCUCAAAGCCAAACAGGACCGUUG